AUGGAUGAACAUACAAAAGUAUCUGAUAAUCUAAGUGUUCUAAAUGAUAUUAUUUUUGGAUUAGAAACUAUUGGAGUCAAGAUUGACGAUGAAGAUAAAGCUUUGAGACCCAUAUGGUCUCUUCCGUCUUCCUAUGAGCAUAUUAAACCGAUUUUGGUAUAUGGGAAGAAAACUUUGAGUUUUGAAGAAGUUGCUAGUAAAAUUAUUUCUGAAGAAAGAAGAUUGAAAGGUGAGGAUAAUACUUCAUCAAACUCAAUAUUGGUCGCUAGAGGAAGGCCUUAUAUGAAAAAAAACAAUGAAACAUGUGUAAGAUGUUGGAAGUGUGAAAAGAUUGAAUAUAUAAAGUAUAAGUGUCCUGAUGGAGCAGCGUCAGAGAAUAGUUCUGAUUCAAAUACUAGCACUGUCUCUCUCGCGCUGUGA